UCUUUCAUCACCGCGCCAAUGACGACAUCCUCCCCGGCGAUGACCUCCUCCCCGGCGUUGUCGCCCGACCCCGAUGGAGAUGAUCCUGAGGUGAUCUGUGUGGGAUUGAUGCGGACGGGACUGCAGUCGUUGCACCGAGCCUUUUCGAUCCUGGGAUAUUCUGAGAUCUACGAUCAGGAAAGGAUUUCGCACAGCUAUGAGUUGUGGAACGACGUGAUGCAGAAUCGAGAUCCCACCAAGGCCUUUCGGAGCAUGUUUGGAGGCUGCCAGAUCGUCAUGGGGAUGCCCACCUUUUGCUUCUGGGAAGACAUCCUGAAGUUAUAUCCCAAUGCGAAGGUCAUUCUGACCGUACGGAAUGAAGAUGGCUGGUGGCGAUCCGUGAGCAAGGCCAAAAUCGCCAUGGAUCACGAUGUCCCAGGGGCGCCCCUGCGGUAUGGCACGAUCCGCCGGCAAUUGGAAAGGUGGCUGGUACCUUCCUAUCACAGAUUCUGUGAAGUGCUCCGGUUUGCAUGGGCCACCACCCUGGGGGCAACAACGCUCCAGAUGGACAUGCUGAAUGAGUCCACAACGAGAAAUAGCUAUCGGCAACAUAAUUCCUAUGUAAAAUCUCUGUUGGAGGGUAAGAUGCUGGAUGGCAAGCCUCAACUUUUGGUCUUUGACGUGCGACAUGGCUGGGAACCUUUAUGCAAAUUCCUGGACAAAGACAUACCUGACAGGACCUUCCCAAAGCAGGAAGACUUGACUGGUUUGUAUUUUCCUGACGGCCAGCAACGGCCUGAGUGGCUGGAUCGCGUCACCGGCUUUGACGACCUCUUCGCACCGGACACGAAGUUUGGCACGCGGAUGCGGCAAGAGCUUUUGAGGGGUCUGCUGUUUGGGGCUGCAGCCUUGACCCUUUUGGUCCUGAUCGUCUUGACAGCUGUGGUGCUGCUCACCGAUCUACCUGUCACGGUCAUUGUGUUGAUUUAUUUGGCGCUGGUGAUUGUUGGAUGGGAUGCAUACGUGGUAAUGCACACCCUGGUGCUGCGAGUUCCGCUGUUGAUGGUGGUGCCACUGGCAUUGCAAUCGCUCCUCAUAGCAGCAGCUUUGCACGCGUGCUUCAUUUCCUAUGGGAUUUUCAAAGAGAAGCUCGUCACACAGGACAAAGUGGCCAGUGUGGUGUUGGUGCUCUCGUCUCGUGCAAUGUCUGUGAUUUGCAGUGCUUGCUUAUUGCUGGUGACCCAGAAAAGCCUUCGUCUGGGGGCACCUUUGUUGUCCAUGAGUGCCUUUGCAUUCACCAAUGAACUCUCAACCUUUGCGGGCUACGAGAUGCUGAAGUACGUCUCCUUUCCCGUACAGGUCAUGGCGAAGUCUGUUAAGAUGCUGCCCAACAUGAUGAUGGGCCGAAUUGUGAACGGCACGCGCUACUCCUUCUUCCAAUACGGCCAAGCCAUUGCCGCCUUGAUCUGUGUGGCGAUCAUGCACAUUUCCGACGAGGCAGAUCAUGGGAGCAAAGGGGCAGGCGAAGCGAGUGCGAUGAGCGAAAACUGGAAGCUCUUCAUGGGAGUGGUGAUGCUAGGAGUUUUCUUCGCCGGGGAUAGUUUCACAUCCCAAUGGCAGACGAACCUCUACUCCAAGUUUCCGCAUCUCACCCAGUUGCAGAUGAUGCUGGGUGGCAACUUCCUGGGCAUGGUCUUCACUUCCAGCAAUUUAUAUUACAGCUGGCCCAAAAUUCGUGCAUCCAUCCACCUUGCGAUGGACAAUCCAGAUGUCUUGCAACGCAUUGUGGCUCUGGGAGUGGUUUCCGCGCUGGGUCAGUUCUGCAUUUAUUCGGCCAUCCGUAUUCUGGGCUCGUUGUCUUUCACCUGGAUUAUGACGGCACGUCAGUUGUUGUCUGUGCUGAUCUCCCUGAUAUUCUUUGGUCAUGGCUUUAGUUUCCUGAAACUUCUCUGCAUUUUGACCGUCUUCGCAAUCAUGAGUUGGAAGCAGCUCUCAAAGAUUCCCGAGAGGAUCAAGCGGCGCCGGAAGUUGUCCAAGUCUGGGUACUCCACUGGGGACUCCACCGGGACCAAGUCCGAAUAGCUACGACGGGCUGAUCUCGGCGAAAUGACGCGUUGAUGGGUUGGGGUCAGUCGGUUCCUGUCCCACGGGGUAGGUGUCGUUCCUGUCUCACGGGGUAAGAGUAGGUUCCUCUUCCAGAGAUGACAUGAGAAGCGGUUGAUGAUGCAAACAUUUUGAGACAACUUUUCGUCGCGAAAAAC